AUGAAGCUAACUGUCAAGAAAGUAAAGUUCUCCAGCCGCGACCGCGGCAUCUGGAGUGCAAAGGAGCAGGUGGGAGAGGUACUAUUUCCCAGCGAUGAAGAGGUGGCAACGCUGGUGGCCCGGGGCGAGCGCUACAAGGCGUCCAAGGCCGACCUGCGGCUGAAGAAGGGCGAUGAAGAGGUCCUGUCUGCGGUGGAGGCAAAGGGAGUGUGGUGCAGCCUGACGACGGAAUACAUGGGGCAUAAGUACGUCAUGGACUACACUGACCGCUCUGGCUGGAUCGUUAGGUCGGGGGUGGCAGAAGUUGGUCGUCUGAGCUUUGGGCACCUGGCGUUUAAGGAGGAUGUCCCACUGCUGCUCCAGCUCUACCUGUUGUGGUACAUCUUGGAGCACCAGCCGGACAUAGACUCACGGAAAAGGGCCGUGAAAGUGGCCAGGUGCUGCGGUUUGUACCGUUUUGGCUGA